AUGUUGCCUAGCAAGACUAGAACGAAGACGCACGAGGCAUGGAGACACGGUGGAUGGAGAGACACGGGCUUGUCUUCAUCCAACUCUGCAAUAGCUAUUGGCUAUACAGUAGUCAAUAUUGGUACUCAAGACUUGAUUGAAGGAAGACCUCAUUUGCUACUCGAGUUAAUUUCUCAAAUUAUAAAGGAUCUGCUGGAAGCUCUAAAUCAACUGGAAGAAGGAGACAAUAUAAAGAAGCUAAAUUCUUUUGAUAAAUUUAAGCAGGCAAUCCUCCUUGGACAACUUGAUUGGUCACCUAUGCACAAAGAUUCUUUAUUCUGGCGGGACAAUGUUACCAACUUCGAAGAAAAUGAUUUCAAGAUCCUGAGGGUCCUGAUAACAAUUUUGGACACGUCCACUAAUCUUAGAACGCUUGCUGUUGCUUGCUUCAAUCUCUCACAGUUCAUAUACAUUAAUGGAAAACCGCUCGCUGAUUCAACUCCCCUGUUUCAAAAUCCACAAAUUGGUCCUCUUUCCACCCUUGCAGUCCAUCUCCGAUUUAAUGGAGAGGUUGGGCGUCUGGUGGGGACAAAACAUGGGGUUGACGGGAAUGUUUAUAACCAUAAUAAUAAUGGUUCAGCGAAGCGGUUCAAGGCAGCUGAUAUAGCCCCUGCAAAUGCAACCAAGGAAGUGUAUGCAUCGAUUUUUACUUCGUCAAAGAAGUCAGAUUUCAAAGAGACGUAUUCUUGCAGAUCAUUGCCUGUUGGUGAUGAUGAUUUCUAUAAUGGCAGUCCUUUUUGUUCCGGAGAUUCUGGCAUCUUGUUAUCUAUUGGUUUCCAUGUGGAUAUAUACUGCCCAGCUAGAAAACGUGCACGAAUCAGCGGCCCAUUGGUUGUCGAAGGGAGUGUAUAUGAAGAUAAAAGACCAUCCAUUGACAGGCUCCCAGACGAAUGCCUAUUUGAGAUCUUUAGACACUUGCCAGGAGGCCGAGAGAGAAGUGCCUCUGCUUGUGUUUCCAAGCGCUGGCUAACAGUCUUGAGUGGUGUCCGCAAUGCUGAAUUUUACCGGAGCAAGGUCCCUCAGGGACAACCAGAUGAUAUGAAUGUGGAUCUGGCCUCAAAUAAUAAAGAAUCGAUCUCUGCAGAUGAGGAUCUUGAAGUGGAGUGUGAUGGAUACCUAACUAGGUGUGUGGAAGGGAAGAAAGCAACAGAUGUUAGGCUUGCUGCUAUUGCAGUUUGUACUUCUAGCCGCGGUGGACUAGGAAAACUUUCGAUCCGAGGAUAUAAUUCUAAUAGGGGUGUUACUGACCUUGGUUUGUCAGCAAUUGCCCGUGCUUGCCCUUCCCUCAGGUUUCUUUCAUUGUGGAACGUCCCUUCUAUUGGUGAUGAAGGUCUAUUUGAGAUUGCAAGAGAAUUUCAUUCAUUAGAGAAGCUUGACCUUUGCCAAUGUCCUUCAAUUUCAAACAAGAGUAUAGUUGCAAUAGCGAAAAGCUGUCCAAAUUUGACUGCAUUAACAUUUGAAUCUUGUCUGAACAUUGGCAAUGAGAGUCUACAAGCGGUUGGAAAAUAUUGCCCUAAGCUGCAAUCCAUUACAAUCAAAGACUGCCCACUUGUUAGGGAUCAUGGCGUUGCAAGUCUCUUGGCAUCGGCUUCUUCUUUGAUGAAGGUGAAACUUCAAACUCUUAACAUCUCUGAUUGCUCUCUUGCUGUAAUAGGGCACUAUGGGAAGUCUAUUACGAGUCUUGUCUUGAGUGGACUUCAAAAUGUGAGCCAAAAGGGCUUUUGGGUGAUGGGUAAUGCACGAGGUCUCCAAACACUGGCAUAUUUGGCAAUCACUUCAUGUCGGGGGGUAAUAGAUUUGAGCCUCGAAGCACUCGAAAAGGGCUGUCCAAACUUAAAGCAAAUGUGUAUUCGGAAAUGUUUCUUUGUGUCUGACAAUGGGCUCGUUGCUUUUGCCAAAUGUGUAAUUAUUUAUUAA